AUGUCCCAGACAUCAAUUGAAUUGGUACCCAACAGGGCCGAAUCACCACAGAAUAGUCUCGACCAGGGUUUGGAAUCUCGAACCACAGAUGUCGAGUUUUCGCUACCUCGCGCCGAUGGUGGAAGAAAGGCUUAUUUAUUCCUGGCCGCAUGCUGGGUCGUCGAAGCAGUAACCUUUGGCAAGUUCCACCACAGCUUUGGUUUUUCAUUUGGUGUUUUUCAAGAAUACUACAGUCACAAUGAGCCGUUCGCAGGGUCUAGCAAUAUUGCUGCUAUCGGAACUACCACCACCGGCAUGCUUUAUCUUGGAGCCCCUUUCGUUGUCAUAAUAUGCCGUUUCUAUCCCCGUCAAGCCCGCUGGUUCACCUGGGUAGGCCUCAUAGUCACAUCCCUUGCCAUGGCUGUGAGUUCCUUCUGUAACACAGUACCACAACUCAUCGCAACUCAAGGCGUUCUAUUCGGUAUUGGUGGCUGCUUUGCUUAUUGUCCUUGCACUCUCUACAUCGACGAGUGGUUCGUGCAAAGAAAAGGCUUCGCAUACGGUAUCGUCUGGAGCGCUGCUGGAGCUGGAGGUGCCAUACUCCCUUUACUUCUCCAAGCCCUUCUUGAAAAGUACGGAUUCGAAACGACUGUGAGGAUCUGCUCGGGAAUUCUGUUUGGAAGUGCGGCCCCGCUGGCCUACUUUGUUAAGCCCAGACUUCCCCUUUCAUCCACAAUCAAUAGGAAACCUCUCAAUAUGCGGUUCCUCACGUCCAGAGUGUUUAUGCUACACCAGUUGGCAAAUGUUGUUGAAGCGACAGGAUACUUUCUUCCUACCAUCUAUCUACCAACAUAUGCUCGAACAACAUUUGGCACUUCGGCUGUUCUAUCAGCUCUGACUGUUAUUCUGGUUAACAUUGCUACGACAGCAGGCUUGAUGAUCAUGGGCUCUCUCAGCGAUAAACUCGCCGUCACAACAUGCAUGCUCAUAUCAGCAGUCGGUGUGGGGAUCUCAGUCCUACUCGUCUGGGGACUCUCAGCAUCUCUACCAGUUCUGUACGUAUUCUGCGUCAUGUACGGCCUCUUCGCUGGAUCGUGGGCUUCGAUAUGGCCUGGUAUCAUGAGAGAGGUGACACAGAAAUUUCAAGACCAAAACGAAUAUGUUGAUCCUGUCAUGGUCCACGGUCAUCUUUGUGUGGAGGCCAACCAUGGCAAGGAAAGGUUAUCGGGGGAUAUGGAAGUGGGUAUGGAAUUUUGA